AAAGGGUGAGGGUACUUUUGAACUGUUGUCGGUGCUCAAGGUCAAAUUAGUGAAUGAAUAUGGCUGAGCAAAUAAAUUGAAAUGUAGUUACAACGCAUCUUUUGGGAAGCAAGAAUCCAGUUAACCCCAAAAACACGAUUUCUUUUGAUCAACCAGUUAUCUCUUUUAGGUCAAUAGCCAAACACAAACCAAACCCACCAAAAAAAACAUUACUAAAUUCUCUGAAAAGGAUAUUUUGCUAAAGAUAAUGCAAGGAUCUAGAGCUGAACCAGAGGCUGAAGAUAGAGAACUGCAGCUCAUCCUUGGCUUCAAUGGCAAAUUCUAAACUAACCCUUUUCAUCUUCGUCUACUUUACUGUAAUCUACACAGCUAAAGCAGCAGACCCAGAUAGUGAACCAUUUGUUGGUGUUAACAUUGGCACAGAUGUCUCGAAUCUACUCUCACCAGCUGACUUGGUUUCAUUUUUGCAAGGGCAGAAGAUUACACACAUAAGGCUUUAUGGUGCAGACCUUGACAUUCUCAAAGCUCUGGCCAAAACCAAGAUCCGGGUGAUUAUUAGUGUACCAAACAAUCAGCUUCUUGCAAUUGGAACCUCGAAUUCUACUGCAGCGUCGUGGGUUGGAAGAAAUGUUGUGGCUUUUUACCCUGAAACACUCAUUACAGCCAUUGCAGUAGGUGAUGAGGUCUUAACAACUGUACCCUCUUCAGCUCCAAUUUUACUUCCAGCAAUUGAGAGUCUUUAUAGUGCAUUAGUGACUGCAAAUUUGCAUACAAAGAUUAAGAUUUCGACUCCUCAUGCAGCAUCUAUAAUUCUUGAUCCAUUUCCUCCUUCACAGGCUUUUUUUAACCAGAGUUUGAGUUCAGUAAUGUUGCCUUUGCUUCAGUUUUUGUCAAGAACUCAGUCGCCAUUAAUGAUGAAUCUUUAUCCUUAUUAUGUGUUUAUGCAAAACAAAGGUGUUGUGCCUCUUGAUAAUUCGUUGUUUAAGCCGUUGACACCAUCGAAGGAGAUGGUUGACCCUAAUACUUUGCUGCAUUAUACGAAUGUGCUUGAUGCAAUGAUUGAUUCUGCGUAUUUUUCGAUGAAGAACUUGAAUAUUACAGAUGUUGAGGUUCUUGUCACAGAGAGUGGGUGGCCUUCAAAGGGGGAUUCCAAGGAGCCUUAUGCUACUAUCGACACUGCAGAUACGUAUAAUUCAAAUUUGAUUAAGCAUGUUUUAGACCGAAGUGGAACGCCUUUUCACCCGGAAGUCACUUCUAAUGUGUAUAUCUACGAGUUGUUCAAUGAGGACUUAAGGUCACCACCGGUAUCAGAAGCAAAUUGGGGGCUAUUUUAUGCAAAUUCGACACCAGUUUAUUUGCUUCAUGUAUCGGGAAUUGGGACAUUUUUGGCUAAUGAUACAACGAAUGAGACUUAUUGUAUUGCAAUGGAUAGUGUUGAUUCAAAGACGUUGCAGGCGGCAUUGGAUUGGGCAUGCGGUCCUGGGAGGGCAAAUUGUAGUGAGAUUCAACCAGGGGAGAAUUGCUAUCAGCCUAAUAAUGUGAAGAACCAUGCUUCGUAUGCCUUUGAUAGCUAUUACCAUAAAGAAGGGAAGUCUCCUGGGUCUUGUGACUUCAAGGGUGUGGCCAUGAUCACCACAACUGACCCAAGUCAUGGGAGCUGUAUAUUUCCGGGAAGUAAGAAGGUAACCAAUAAGACAAAAGCGGUUUUAAACUCAACCCAAAUAAGUGGUGCAGCAGAUAGAUUAAGAUUCAUCACCCUCAGCAGCAAUCAAAUAAGUGCAAAUGCUGUAGCUUUCUCUAUUUUGUUAUUGAUUUCUUUUAUAUGUAGUCCAUGGUGGGUGUAACAGUGUAAAGUAAUUCUUUCUUUGAGAUGUAUCAAUAAUUUUGUGCUGGAUUCUUUGAUGAUCUAAGCUGCUUGGAGGGACUGCUUAUAUUAUGGAUGCUUCAUGUAAGAGUGCUGUGUGAUAGUUAUUCUAGAUAGGCUAGCUGAUUACUGUAAUUAACAUAUUUUUGAUAAGCAGAAUAGCAUUUCAUGUGGUAUAUUCUAUAUUCUAUGACAAUCACAUACUUGAGUCAUGGUGUAAUAAAGGGAAUGCU